CCGCCGUGACGCUGCACAUCGCACCCGGCACCGCCACCGGGGCCCGCGGCCAUGGCGGGCGUGAAGGUGAUCGCCAACGACACCGAGUUCCAGCCCGAGCUGAGCGCCGCCGGCUCCCGCCUGGCCGUGGUGAAGUUCACCAUGAGGGGGUGCGGCCCUUGCCUGCGGAUCGCACCCGCCUUCAACGCCCUGAGCAACAAAUACCCGCAGGCGACGUUCCUGGAGGUGGACGUGCACCAGUGCCAGGGCACGGCUGCCACCAACAACAUCUCAGCAACGCCCACGUUCCUGUUCUUCCGGAACAAGGUGCGCAUCGACCAGUACCAGGGAGCAGAUGCCGUGGGCCUGGAGGACAAAAUCAAACAGCACCUGGAGAACGAUCCUGGCAACAGCGAGGACACUGACAUCCCCAAAGGAUAUAUGGAUCUGCUGCCCUUCAUCAACAAGGCUGGCUGCGAGUGCCUCAACGAGAGCGACGAGCACGGCUUCGAGAACUGCCUGCGCAAGGACUCGUCCUACCUGGAGUCCGACUGCGACGAGCAGCUGCUCAUCACUGUAGCUUUUAGUCAGCCUGUCAAGCUUUACUCUAUGAAACUGCAGGGGCCAGACAAUGGGCAGGGCCCCAGGUCCAUCCCUGGCACUGUAAUUCCCAUAGCCUGUGUGUGUCCAGGGCCCCAAAUCCAUCCCUGGCACUGUAAUUCCCAUUGCCUGUGUGUGUCCAGGGCCCCAAAUCCAUCCCUGGCACUGUAAUUCCCAUUGCCUGUGUGUGUCCAGGGCCCCAAGUCCAUCCCUGGCACUGUAAUUCCCAUUGCCUGUGUGUGUCCAGGGCCCCAAGUCCAUCCCUGGCACUGUAAUUCCCAUUGCCUGUGUGUGUCCAGGGCCCCAAGUCCAUCCCUGGCACUGUAGUUCCCAUUGCCUGUGUGUGUCCAGGGCCCCAAAUCCAUCCCUGGCACUGUAAUUCCCAUAGCCUGUGUGUGUCCAGGGCAGGGCCCCAGGUCCAUCCCUGGCACUGUAAUUCCCAUUCCCUGUGUGUCCAGGGCCCCAAAUCCAUCCCUGGCACUGUAAUUCCCAUUCCCUGUGUGUGUCCAGGGCCCCAAAUCCAUCCCUGGCACUGUAAUUCCCAUUCCCUGUGUGUCCAGGGCAGGGCCCCAGGUCCAUCCCUGGCACUGUAAUUCCCAUUCCCUGUGUGUCCAGGGCCCCAAGUCCAUCCCUGGCACUGUAAUUCCCAUUCCCUGUGUGUGUCCAGGGCCCCAAGUCCAUCCCUGGCACUGUAAUUCCCAUAGCCUGUGUGUGUCCAGGGCCCCAAGUCCAUCCCUGGC